GGUGGCGGUAAUGCACUAACUUAGUUGGCAACCGCCGUGAACAACCACGAAGAAGAAGAAGAAGCUACUUCCGCCUGUAGCUACCUCUCCUCACACAAAAAUGACGGCCACUUUGCGACCCUAUCUGAACGCUGUGCGGGCCACCCUGCAGGCCGCCUUGUGCCUGGAGAACUUCUCCUCCCAGGUGGUGGAGAGACACAACAAGCCUGAGGUGGAAGUGCGGAGUAGUAAAGAACUCCUCCUGCAGCCUGUCGUCAUCAGCCGCAACGACAAGGAGAAAGUUCUGAUCGAGGGCUCCAUCAACUCGGUCCGAGUCAGCAUCGCCGUCAAGCAGGCAGACGAGAUUGAGAAGAUUCUGUGCCACAAAUUCAUGCGCUUCAUGAUGAUGAGAGCCGAGAACUUCUUUAUCCUCAGGAGGAAACCAGUGGAGGGCUACGACAUCAGCUUCCUGAUCACCAACUUCCACACGGAGCAGAUGUACAAACACAAGCUGGUGGACUUUGUCAUUCACUUCAUGGAGGAGAUCGACAAGGAGAUCAGCGAGAUGAAACUGUCCGUCAACGCCAGAGCUCGCAUCGUCGCUGAGGAGUUCCUCAAAAAUUUCUAAGUGAGAUUUCCCAGUGGACAACAUUCCACUCUUGGCCUCCAGCGUCACCAAGAUGUCAGCAGCCAACACACACCUGGAUCAAUAUAAAUAUGUACAAAUAUUCUUUUCAUACAUUUCUUACCAUGGUGGUGAGCACAGGGUACUUUCAUUUCUUCCCCUGACCCUUCUGUCUAAUGAUGUAUAUUUUAUUGUUCUGUUAGGACCAGGAGCCCACCCAUUUAUUACCCAGAUGAUGAAAUAAACACUUGAUGGUAGUGAA